UAGCAGACAGUCUUCUCCUUGUCAACAUGGCCGCCUUCAGGAGCGGGGUGACUCCGCGUUGCCUUGGAAGGUGUUUCCUGCAUCAGACUGGAAAAUUAAACCGCGGCGGCAACAACUCUCUAUCAGACAGCUGGAACCACCAGUUGCACCAGAAGUCCCAGCUUCACACAGUGUUCGAGAGCCACAGUCCUGUCACGAGGACUCUGCUGGGACGCAGACACCAUGGAAAGUUCCUGUGGGUGAAUGCCGUGGCCGUCAGACAAAACAGUUCACAGAUUCCUGUUGAAACCGUUUCUUUGGCAGUACCAGUAGCAGACAGCCGUGCUCUUCCUACAGUCCCGGAUCCCUCCCCGAAACUUGUGUCCGCCGACCCCACCCUUGUUUUAUCCCAGCCAGUCACUGAGCAGGUGCUCGAUGCUGCACCCACUGCAGUGGACGUCCUUCAGGCUGCUGCUACAGAACCCAAUUUAGCAGAUCUGGGACUGGGCGCUUAUACGCCAGUGGGUCUCGUCCAGAACAUUUUAGAGUUCAUGCACCUUGAUCUAGGUUUGCCCUGGUGGGGAGCCAUUGUUGCAGGAACCGUUCUGGCUCGACUGGCUGUGUUUCCAGUCAUAGUGAAAGGCCAGCGAGAGGCAGCCAAGCUGAACAAUGUGCUGCCUCAGAUCACCAAACUAACCAACAAAAUGAAUGAGGCCAAACAGAGUGGAAACAAAUUUGAAUUUGCCAAAGCCUACUCUGAACUGAGCUUGUUCCAGAAGAAGAACGACGUGAACCCUCUGCGUGGCUUCCUGGUUCCAUUGGUCCAGGCCCCAGUCUUCAUUUCUUUCUUCAUCGCAUUGAGAAAGAUGGCCUAUCUACCGGUACCCAGCCUACAGACAGGAGGUCUCCUGUGGUUCGUAGAUCUGACGGCAUCAGAUCCUUUCUAUAUUCUACCUGUGUUCGUGACUGGAACCAUGUUCUUUAUCUUGGAGCUCGGUGCAGAGUCAGGUGUUGAUAACCCCAACCUCCGAGCCAUGAAGACUGUGUUCAGGAUUAUGCCCUUUGUCAUCCUUCCUCUCACUAUCAACUUCCCCACGGCAGUGUUUACUUACUGGCUGACCUCAAACUGCUUCUCCCUGGGUCAAGUCGCUCUGCUCAGACACCCAUUGGUCAGAAAGAAGUUGAAUAUCCCAGAGAGGAUCACACAUCCGGCCUCCGUCAUGCCUCAAAAUGAGGGAUUGAUUGAAAGCAUGAAGAAGGGUUGGAAGAACGCUCAGCUGGCCCAGCAGCUGGAAGAGAGAGUCAGUCAGUCAGCCAGGAUAAAAAAUCACCUGGAUCUCGCUGCUAAAGGACCGCUGAGGCAGACGUUUACCCACAAUCCUCUGCGGCAGACACCUCCAAUUGCGGCAGCAUCAGCUAAAGACAAGUCAGCAGGAGACAAAGCAAGGCCAUGGAAGGACACUAUUGGAUGAAUCUGACCGGCUGUUAGCUUGACAGUAGUAUCAGCCGUGUACAUAUUUAUGAACUGAAGAGAGGGAAUGUUGGGGAAAGUGAAAUGUUAUGUGCUAUUCUUAUUAAAACGUAAACCUUAAAA